ACCGGCGGCCGUCUCAAGGCCACAGCCCGUCACCGGACCUCCGGCCGUUAACACGGAAGUGUGACGCCUGCUUUAUGACUACCGAUAAUUAUAGGGGCUUUGGGGGUGUUCGAGCACCCCCUGAAAUUCAAAAGUCACCAUCUGAUAGUGCUCCAGGGGUGCUUAGGUACUGCUUAAAUUAUGUACGAGACACAAACAACUACUUUGUGGAUAUUCAGAGGCUUCAUCAUGGCAAACUUUUUGAAAAACUGUCGCAGAAUGAAGCCGGCAGCCCGCUGCCUGUCCACCGUCACCGGCCUGAACGAGGUGGUAAUCGCCAGCGCCGCCCGCACCGGCAUGGGCAGCUUCCAGAAGACCCUGGCGCCGCUGUCGGCCACCCAGCUAGGCUCCAUCGCCGUCAAAGCGGCGGUGGAGCGGGCCGGCGUCGACCCCUCUGCCGUGCAGGAAGUCUACAUGGGUAACGUGCUGCAGGCCAAUAGCGGCCAGGCGCCGGCUCGUCAGGCGGCGCUGUUUGCAGGCCUGUCUCGCUCCACGCCGUGCACCACCAUCAACAAGGUGUGCGCCUCGGGUAUGAAGGCGGUGAUGAUGGCGGCCCAGUCUCUGCAGACGGGUGCCAACGAGGUGAUGGUGGCCGGAGGCAUGGAGUCCAUGUCCAACGUGCCCUACUACAUGCCGCGCGGCGCCACGCCCUACGGUGGAGUGAAACUGGUGGACGGCAUUGCCUACGACGGCCUAACGGACGCCUACGACAAGAUCCACAUGGGGAACUGCGGCGAGAACACGGCACGAAAGAUGAACAUCUCCCGGGACGAGCAGGAUCAGUACGCGAUGGACAGCUACCGUAAGACGGCGGCCGCUUACGAGGCUGGAUCGCUGGCGGCCGAGCUGUGUCCUGUCACUGUGCCUGGCGGACGUGGCAAGCCCGACCUCAGCUUCACGGCCGACGAGGAGUACCACAACGUCAACUUCGACAAGUUCACCAAACUGCGCACCAUCUUCGACAAAGAGGGCACCAUCACGGCCGGCAGCUCGUCCAAGCUCAAUGACGGCGGCGCGGCGCUGGUGCUAAUGACGGCCGCCGCCGCCGACCGGCUCGGCUGCAAGCCUCUGGCGCGCGUGCUGGGCUUCGCUGACGCUGCCUGUGACCCAAUCGACUUCCCGAUCGCGCCCGCCCUGGCCAAGCAGAAGCUGUUCGCCCAGCUGGGUAUCAACAAGGACGACGUGGCCUUGUACGAGAUUAACGAGGCGUUCGCCGUCGUCAUCCUGGCCAACAUCAAGAUGCUGGACCUGGACCCGGCCAAGGUCAACGUCCACGGAGGAGCCAUCAGCGUUGGACACCCGAUCGGGAUGUCCGGGGCACGCAUCACCGGCCACCUGGCGCACUCGCUCAAGCCGGGCCAGCUCGGUGUGGCCUCCAUUUGUAAUGGUGGUGGCGGCGGCUCGGCCAUCGCUCUGCAGGGCCUGUAGACGACAGUACGCGACGCCAGCUUCCCGUCAGUGAGUGGCCGAACGGAGGGUCCGCCCGCGGCGGGACGGGGUCCGCCGCAGCGGGAGGGGUAUCAAAACGCCCGGCGCUCCCACGAGGCGAGGGGGCGCUUUGUCGCACGCGGUGAUCCCGGAUAGGAUGCAUCAUACUGUACAGUUUUUGUAAUGCCCUCGGACGUCAUUUGUAACGAAUUACUGAGCGUUGUGAGUGACAAAGGAAUCGUAAGUUUCGAUGCAUAUUUUUGAGCCCUGGAGUCCCGACUGGCCAACUACUAGCCCCGUGUCAUAGCUUAGAAUAAGGAAGGGUGCCUAUUCGCGGUAGAGCAGCAUCUAAUAGUAAGCGGUUUACUCUGAAUUGAGAUGCAUUGUUAAGAGGCCAGUCGGGCAAGUAUGUGAGCAUUGUGCAGCCUUUCUACUUCUUCAUUGCAAUUUUGAUUGGUUAUUUGAAACACUCUUAGUCAUCUUCCCAAAAUUACCUAUUUAAGAAACGAUAUCGACAUUGUAUUUGACUCUCUUAUAAUUACUAGCCCCUUUUUGUGGUCAGUUGCUUGUCCUAGGCAAGCGAAUACCUACCGUAGCCCUGCUCUUAUUUAACCGGUUUUGGUUUUCUAUCGCCUUUACUCUUUAGGUUAUUCAUGCCCUAGGCACUUGUUGGUACGAUAUAGAAGUGUAGUUGUAAUGCAGGUUGUGUUUGCUCUAUGGUCCCGCGGCCAAAGUUAGUCGGUUGAUAUGACUGCGUUCAAUCGGUGUCUGGUGCAAUAUCGGUUUGCGUGGCAGCGUUGUCCCGGCGAUGGGUACCACGGAUCGCCCGUCUCUGUGUCGUUCGUGCGGCCUGUGCAAACUUCACUGGGAUGGAUAGGGAAUCAAUACAAACGGCUGUGUA